AUGUCUGGAGAGCAUUUUCGUCGCCCCGCGAACGCCGAAUCGAGAGGAACCAAGAAAGCGAGCGAACACAGAUCCAAUAUAGAUCAAGACUCCAUUGAUCGGCGAUUGAAGCGACUUAAAGAUCAAGUCCUUCCACUUUACCCCUUCCUCCUUACUGUCCCGACUGAUGUGCCUUUCCGUCUUGGAGGGCGCUUUGUCAACAACUGGGCGGUGAGUGAUGACGGCCCUUUCACGCCAGAGGAACAGCAACUCCAAUACAUGACUUUUUUGACUCAUCACGACGAAGAAUCCUUGUUAGCCGCUGUGGGCGAUUGGUCUGACAGUGCAGGAAACGUGAUGUCUGAUCAGCAAUCCGGGCCUCAGAGUGCAGCAAGCACACCAUCUUAUAGUUCCCUGAAGAAGAAAAUAAGCCUAAAUGAUUACAAAAACAGGAGAAAGUCAGCCGCACCUUCUGGCUCCCCUGUCAAUCAAGAAGCCCCUUUCCAAUCAUCGACCGCUCAAACGCUCAAUGGAAGCCAAUCAACCAAUAAAGCCAGUGCCGAUAAUGAGCCAAUGAAAUCAACUGGGAAGGGCCAUGUCUCCUUUAAAAAAACCAAAUUGUCUACUGAUCCUACAGUAGAACCCACCAAAGUGGGACGACUACGGAGCAAUGGACUUCCUGCUCUCCUAUCACCGACUUUGCCCCCAGUCUCAAGCAGCCCGAGACUGCCUCGACUUCUAUCUCCAACACUUCCACCGGAUCUGGAGAAAGAGUUGUCGAUGCAAAAUGUGGAUUCUGUGUCUUUAGACUCCUUGCAGCGCCCAGAUGUGUCAAAUAUUGAUGCUUCGAAUUUGCAGAAAGCCAAACCUGCUGUUCAACCUUCGGACGUUGGUUCAUCUAGAACUACAACUACAAAAGUUGGCUCCCAACACCUACCCAAGGACGCUGUAAUGAAUUCAGUGGAUACACGAACGAGUUACCACUCAAGUCAUGCCAGAACGAAGUUUAUCGUCAGAUUGAGGUAUGGCAGAGCGAACAGGAAGCGCGUUGAAGCCCUUCUAAAGUUCUCCGGUAAGAGGAAGAUAGGUACAUCAAGCUCACCCGUAAGAAGUGUUGAUAUUUCUCAUGCUACAAUAUCUGGACAGGCUGUAGCGAAGGCUACAGCAUCUGAGCGUGCAGAGAAUGGCAGCAAGUUAUCUCGCAACGAUUUUAAAUCAAAACCCCCUAUUAUUAUUGAUCAGCCCCAGUCACCCAAAUUUCCGAGCCCGCAUACCAAACAGCUCCUGCAGGAUAGGUCAAAGCAGAUGCAGUCAACGUCAGGCAAAAGUUCCAGCUGUUCUGGUCAAUAUGAAGUGCCUGGAGGUACUGGCGAGAGAAUGCCCAUCCAAUCCGGUGUGAAACAUACAGCAGAGUGGCCGACACCUACCAAACCACCAUCUCCUCAAACAGGUAGCGCUGCAUCUCGGCAAUGUGAGCGUCGGGCGUGGAAGGAGCAAUACCAGAAAUAUGGGAACCUUGGCCGAGAACUGAAGCAUGCCGCGGAACGUCAUACAGCUAAAGAUAACGCGACUGUUCUCGAUGAAAAACUCGCGGUUGCCACGGCUGUGGAAGCUAUCAUAUGCUUCAUCCUGGCUUUUGUCGCAGAUGACCACUUCAAGGCUCUAAGUCGCCAAGUGGCCGAUUCUUCUUCAUGGCUGUCCAUUCUUGCCUAUUGGCGCGUGGUGAAGAAAAACAGUGCACCCUAUCCCCGAUUGCACAGCCUAUGUCUCAUGCUUGGUGCUGUCUCGUAUGAUGCAAUCCAUGCACUUGAUUUGGAAAGACUUGCAGUUACAGCUGUACCUGAAGAGCAUACUGCUAUUUCUACAUUGGGCAGCGACGGGACAGCGGUUGCACUGGACGAGUAUAGGAAAGCCCGAAGGGAAUUCAACGAGCUGAAGCAUCGACUGCCUGAGUGUUACCGAGAGUCUCAAAAGCUAUGGCUGGAGGGCUCACGCGGUCUUUCUGAGAACGUCCUUGCUAGUGAAUUCCCUGCCACAUGGUCCAAUCGAUCAAAGAAUUUCUCGGAGCAGGGGAAGCCACUUUCAAAAGCUGGUGACUUAUCCAUCGAGUACUUUCUUCCGUUGAGAAAAACCAGUACACCUUCGGAGAUUAUCAAAUUCAGUUGCGCAAUUUUGAAAGAGUGGUGCACGAAGGAAGGCAUUGGGUGGCGCAGUAGACUUGAUGCUUAG